AUGCCAUUAGAGAGAUCACCUUCUGGUCGAACAUACGUCGUCCACCGAAACGGACAAAAGACUCACUAUAUAGAGAAUGAUUUCGCUGAUCCAUGGAAGGCGCAUGAUACCAUCCUCAUUCAGCACGGUUUCGGACGCCAUGCGGAAUUCUGGUACCAUUGGAUUCCUGUGCUCUCGCGGAAAUAUAGAGUGAUUCGAAGAGAUUUGCGCGGACAUGGGUAUUCGAGUUACCCAAACCCAGGAGACGAAUAUGAGUAUACCGUUCAUACGAUCCUCGAUGAGAUAAUCGACACGUUGGAUGCUCUGGGAGUUGAGAAAGUUCAUUUUCUGGGAGAGUCGACGGGGGGUAUGUUGGGGGAGAUGUUGGCUGCGAGAAACCCAGAGAGACUGCAUUCUCUGACAAUCUGCUCCACUCCAACGCACCUGCCAGAAGCAGCACUGAAGCUCUUCGCCUUCGACAAAAAGGACUGGCCGACAGCAUGCCGAGAGCUGGGCUCACGCGGCUGGUGCGAGGCUCUAAGUAAGAUUCCAGGCACCAUACCAAUUUCCGAUCCGGAUUAUCUACCAUGGUACCUUGACCAAAUCAGUAUCCGUGUUCCAACACUUAUACUCGCGCCCGCGAACAGCGCGGCUGCAAAGCUGGAGGAUCAGAAGAAACUUGCAGAAGAGAUCCCUGGAGCGCGUUUGGAAGUUGUUGAUGGACCUGGACAUGAGAUAUAUGUCACUGAAGCGGAGAAGUGCCAGAAGAUGUUCUUGGAUUUCCUGGGGCGGUUGGUCAAGUAA